UAAAUUUAUUUAUUUAUUAUUUAUGUACGUAUGAUUUAUGUCACUUGAGGAUCUCAUGAUCGCCCACUGCUGGACUGUAGCAUCACUUACCUAUUCAGGUAAAGCCCUGCCCACAAUGACAGCACUACUUGUAGUGAAGAAAAGGCUGGAUUCUUGAGCUCGCGUUCACACGGCUUCAGUCAAUAAAUAAAGACACGACAAUAUCCUCGGGCACCAAAUUAUCCAAAGAUGUUCCUGUAUGUCCUCCUGUCGUGUGUUGGGAUCGUGCAGUGUUUUAGAAGUGGACAGGUCAGCAGAGCGUGUGGAUCUAUGACGCCGAGUCACGGGUCUAACAGCGCUCAGUCCAGCUCUGCUCCGUACACCGUUACUGCUAACAGAACCACAUUUAUAGAGGGAGAUGAAAUCACAGUAUCUCUAAGUGCACAAUCUGGAGACUUUGAAGGGUUUUUGUUACGAGCAAAUCAAAUUGGAUCGAAUAAUCCCAUUGGCACUUUUACUGUGUUGGACAAUGGAACACAGGUCCUCUCCUGCGAUGGAGUGGCUAAUAGAGCAGUUUCUCAUACAUCAGAUACUGAAAAAACUUUAAUUAAAGCUAAAUGGACGGCCCCAACAUCUGGCCAGCUCAGCAAUAUAGAGUUCAGUGCAACAUUUGUUAAAAAUUUUUCUACCUUUUGGGUCGGUGUCAAGAGCUCUACUGUUAUGUUUAAUGGUACAGUAACAACUGCAGCUCCGACUGUUCCAUCAAACCCUGAUUGUGGGACAACCAAAGUCUGCUUCAGUCAGCCCAGCAACUGUGACCCAACUACCAGCACAGGCUGUUACUUCAUGGCAGUUCAGGCAUCAUCUGACCAAUCAGAAUUGACGAUUGAAAUGUUUGGCCAGGCUGAUGGAUAUGUUGCCAUUGGGUUUUCAGAUGACCAGCAAAUGGGCAAUGACGACAUCUACAUCUGUGGUAAGGACAUCAGUGGCUUACUCCAAGUGCAACACGCCUUUUCCACAGGAAGAAGUCGUCCAAAUAUUCUCUCACUGGGGAAUGUGACUAAUAUCAAGACAGCGUUGACGAAUGGAAAUAUCAAUUGUUCUUUUACUUCUCGUAAUGCCAUUAGCACAUCAAGAGCAACGUCCAAUAGCGAGUACUACCUCAUGAUUGCUUCUGGACCCUCCAGUGAAGGUAACAUCCAGUUCCACACAACAAAAUACGUCAGUAGCACCAAGGCAGAUAUAUUGAAUCCAUCCCUGGUCACUGGAAGCACUGAAGCAUUCCCAUCAAUCCUUAAAGCCCACGGUGCCCUGAUGUUAAUCGCCUGGAUGACCACGGGCAGUAUCGGGAUGAUCAUAGCACGCUAUUUAAAGGGAGUUGCCAAGGGCCACGGUUUUUGUGGUAAAGAUUUCUGGUUUAUGGCCCACGUGUCUCUUAUGGCCCUGUCAGUCACUGCCACAGCCAUCGCAUUUAUACUGGUGUUUUCUCAUGUGCGGGUUUGGAGUGGGGGAGCUCAUCCUGUCCUGGGCUGUUUGGUGAUGAUCCUCAGUCUUAUUCAGCCCAUAGUCGCUGCUUUCCGCUGUGAGCCGCAGCAUGAGCGGAGGUUUGUUUUCAACUGGGCCCAUUCCUUCAUUGCUUUAGCUAUCAAAGCCCUCGCAGUUGCUGCGAUUUUCACUGGUUUGGCACUGUUUGAACAAUAUAAGGAGGAUGGAUGGAUGUUGAAAGUUAUGGGAGGUUUUAUUACCUGGGAGGCGCUGAUGUACAUUCUUCAAGAUCUUAACAUGCGUGCCAAGAAAAAAGAUUCUGAGAUUUUCAGUUGUGGAUCGAUGAAGCCUGAAACAGUCCUGCUUAUCCUGUUUUUGAUGGGAAACCUGGCCUUCUUGAUAUCACUUCUUGUUGGAAUAGGCAGAUCUUAAGUACAACCAAUAUGCAUCAGCCUUCCUCACUGGUUGGGGCCAUUUCUUGAUUGUUUUGUUGAAUGAGUAUGUACCCAUGUUAUCUCAGAAGUAUCUCUCUACACAUUAUUAUUUUUAAUUAACAUAAUACAGGCCCAGUUUCACAGACAGAGCUUAGCCUAAGCCAGGAUAUUAGGCCUUAGUUCAAUCAGGACAUUCAAGUAGCUUUUAUAAACGUUCACUAGAAAAAAACUGGUGUGCGUCUUGAGACAAAACAAUAGCAGUGACAUAUUUUAAGAUACGUCAGUACAAGUUGAUUUCAUGUAAAACUGCUCAAACAUGCAUUUUAGUCUAGGACUAGCUUAAGCCUGGUCUGUGAAACCGGGGGAUAACAUUUAUAAUAUUGCAUAUUUUUUUCUGUGCUAAUACCAUUAGAGAUUCAUUACUGUGCCUUUAUUUAAGAAACAUAAGUGUUAUAUAUAUAUAUAUAUAUAUAUAUAUAUAUAUAUAUAUAUAUAUAUAUAUAUAUAUAUAUAUAUAUAUAUAUAUGUGUUAUUUUAUAGUUGUUCUUGCAAUUACUGUACUGUAAGUUGUUCAUUUUUAAGAUGGAAGAACAAUAGUGAAAUCAUCUUGGUGUUUAAUUACAGAGGACAAAAAAUAAGUUCCCAAUUGUAUUUUAUUUUAAAACUUAGAAAACGUUAAUUAAAGGAUUUAAGGAGAAUAUUUUAACUUUUAUAAGUAUUUUUAUAUCAUUGAAUGUAUGUGUAUAUAUAGACAUUACAUUGUGAUUGUAACUUAAGUGUGCAGCACAAGUUAACAGCACUCAACCACUAGAUGGCAGUGUCAUAAUAGGUAUUUUAAAACAACUAUGUGACAUUUUGUUGUACAUUUUUAGACUUUUCAAGGAAUGAAUAAGAACUCUCUAACUGACAUUUAUUCAGACAUUUUAUAGAUUAAUAAAUGGACCAUUGUUUACUUUUUGUGUUAAUUGGACAUGCCUAGAUGUACGAAUGAAUGAUUGUGCGACCUUAUGGACAUUUUUGUCCAUUUCAGUUUUGUUUUUUGUUAUAAGUGUGCCUUUGUUAAUGCCAACUACAUGAAUUUUGGCUCAGGUGUUUAUUUUUAUUGGAAUUUUAAUGUUUUACCCUCAUUUCCUU